AGAAUUUCAAGUGGCCAGAUUUUACCUACUGGAGCCCGGUAUUUUAAAGCAUUUCCCAGGAGCCUGGCAAAUUUGCCCUUGUUACGAAUUUCCAGUAGUUCAAGACUCAAGUCCCUCCUCAGUUUUUUGGAGUUUCUGAAUCCCUCAGAUUGGUCAUGAUUUAAAUAUGAAUGCAAGCAAUUGAGGAUGCUAUUCGAACAGCAGGCAUUUUUGCUUCGUCUGAAUAAUCUCCGGAUUAUUUACAAAGAGAAAAAUCUUCGGAUUAUUUACAAAGAGAAAAUUGAAAACUUUCGUUUUCUUAAAAAACGUCAAGAAACGCAAGACAAUGCUACCUAUUUCACCGCUUCGGCUUAAGUUCAUAUUUUCUGCAAUGUUUGCUGCAAAGGGCCUUGUGUUUUAUUCCUAGCUCUCUAAUUUGAUCGGUAGACUCUCCCAUUUUCAGUAGCCAUGACGCUAACGACUGCGCAUGCGCAUACUGAGCCAAUGAGGCCAUCACACGACAAGCGACUGCCACGUUCGCCGCCGGAGCCGGCUUUUCGGAGGUUUUCGUCCCACGAUAUUCCCAUUUCACCGCUUGGCACAAGUUUGAUCGGAAGGGGGCUUGCAGUGUUUUCAUCAUGAGGUUGAUUCUGUCACUGUGCGUUUUGUUCGUGUCUGCAAAUGCAGCGAUCGAGGAAGACGAAGGAGUGUUGGUUCUUACCAACGACAACUUCGACGAAGCGAUCAGCGGUCAUGAGUUCAUUCUUGUGGAAUUCUACGCCCCGUGGUGCGGACACUGCAAAGCCCUCGCCCCCGAGUACGCCAAGGCGGCCCAGGCGUUGGCCAAGGAGGAGUCGAACGUGAAGCUGGCCAAGCUGGACGCCACCGUGCACGACAAGGUGGCGCAGAAGUUCGGUGUGCGCGGCUACCCCACCCUCAAGUUCUUCCGCAACGGCAAGGACAGCGAGUACGGCGGCGGACGCACCAAGGACGAGAUCGUCAACUGGCUGAAGAAGAAGACUGGCCCGCCGGCGACCAACGUUGAGACGGUCGAGGCCGCUGAGAAGGCCAUCGAGGGCAAGGACGUCGUCAUCGUCGGCUUCUUCAAGGACCAGGAGAGCAAGGAUGCCAAGGCUUUCCUCAGCUUCGCCGGCGGCGUCGACGACUACCCCUUCGUCAUCAGCUCUGCCGACGAUGUCAUCAGCAAGUACGAGGCCGCCGACGGCAAGGUCGUCAUGAUCAAGACCUUCGACGAGAAGCGUCAUGAGCUUGAGGGAGACAUCAACGAUGAGAACCUGAAGGCCUUCAUUGCCAAGUACUCGCUGCCCCUGGUGGUUGAGUUCAAUCAGGAGACCGCUCAGAAGAUCUUCGGCGGCGAGAUCAAGGCGCACCUGCUGAUGUUCCUGAGCAAGAAGUCUGAGGAUUUCGCCAAGCACACAGAGGCCGCCUCCGCUGUGGCCAAGGAGCAGCGCGGAAAGAUUCUGGUCGUCUCCAUCGACACGGACGAGGAGGAUCACGCCCGCAUCAUGGAGUUCUUCGGCAUGAAGGCCGAGGAGGUGCCCGCCCUGCGCAUCAUCAAGAUGGAGGAAGACAUGACCAAGUACAAGCCGGAGAAGACCGGCCUUGAGGAGGCCACCAUCCGCUCCUUCGUGGAGGACUUCCUGGCCGACAAGCUGAAGCAGCACCUGCUGAGCCAGGACCUGCCCGAGGACUGGGAUAAGGCCGGCGUCAAGGUGCUCGUCUCCAGCAACUUCGACGAGGUGGCGCUGGACAAGAAGAAGGACGUGCUGGUCGAGUUCUACGCGCCCUGGUGCGGACACUGCAAGCAGCUGGUGCCCAUCUAUGACGAGCUGGGUGAGAAGUACAAGGACUCUGAGACGGUGGUAAUUGCCAAGAUGGACGCCACUGCUAACGAGCUGGAGCACACCAAGAUCCAGAGCUUCCCCACCAUCAAACUGUGGAAGAAGGAGACCAACGAGGUCGUAGACUACAACGGCGAGCGAACUCUGGACGGAUUCACUAAGUUCCUCGAGGGCAAACAAGAAGAGGAGGGCGAAGAGGAGGAGGAAGAAGAGGAAGAGGAUGAGGGAAAGCACGACGAGUUGUAGAUCUCCUUCAGCCGCGUGAGGCCGCCCGUGAGCGGCAUCCUUUCCUUUCUUCCCGGAAAGCUGCGUACGCCAGCCGCAAAAGGCCUAUUUUUGAUACGUUGGCUGGCAGCCCGGUCCGCGGCCACUGGGCGUGGUCUGCUAAAGAGUGGGGGCGGGGACUGGGACGUGAAUUUGAUCUGUGCAACGUUCAUUAUGGGGGUGGCCUCGUCCACCAGUGACACAGGGCAUAUUUUGUAACAGAGUGAGAGAAAGAGAGACUGCUGGUUUUUUGUUUUGCACCGCUGGUUGCUUGUUGUCUACUUCCGUUGGCGGGCCCUUUCCACAGAGUUUUUACACGCGCAUGCGUAGAAUUCCGGUGUCUGUGACUGCGGCGUCGGUGGUUUUAUUCGUGUUGUGUGUAGAAUAUUUAUGAGACGGGCCGCUGUGCGGCGGGUGUCUGGUUGAGGGCGUCUGAUACGACCCCGUCGAGUCACAACUCGGUCGAUAAAUCCCCAUGGGCUCCCUGUCCGCGGAGUGAAAUUUACACCAUCGUUCGGUGCGGAUUUACACUAAAUGUGCAGUUCGUCUUUCAAAUUCUGCGCCGGCGUCGCCGCCCGCCGCGGCUGCCCCGCGCGGGAAUACCUUCACCGGGUGAAGCGAUUUCUUGUGUUUGUGAAGAGAUUCCGUCACGUGGCGAAGGUUUUUGGUGCGUGGCAGCGCGCGCGGCGGACGGCAGUGCCGGCGGGCGCUCGUUUGGGUGAACCUGCACGGUGCGAUGGAUGACCAGAUGUUUUCCGAACUCCUGUUGGCUCAGCGACGAAUACAUGGCGACUAAAGGUGAA